CAAGGCGCCCCCUGGUUUCCAAAAAUACAACAUAAUCCACCGGAACCGCCUAACCUUUCCUUAAAUUCCAUUCCCAUCUGGUUUUCUCCUCCCUCUGAUUUCACCCUCACUUGUUUUGGAUACACUAUAAAUACCACCUAACCACCUACCUCUUUCUCCACGGAAAAUCUUCACUUAAUCCUUUAAUCUUCAUUCAUUCCUUUACAUCAUCGUCGUCACAAUCAACAAGCCAUGUCUGCUGCUGGUCAGGUCAUUUGUUGCAGAGCUGCUGUUGCAUGGGAGGCGGGGAAGCCGCUAGUGAUGGAGGAAGUGGAGGUCGCACCACCACAACAAAAUGAAGUUCGUUUGAAAAUCCUUUUCACUUCCUUGUGCCAUACUGAUGUUUACUUCUGGGAGGCCAAGGGGCAAGCACCAUUGUUUCCUCGCAUAUUUGGUCAUGAAGCUGCAGGGAUUGUAGAGAGUAUUGGUGAGGGCGUGACUCAUCUCCAACCUGGAGACCAUGUUCUCCCUAUCUUCACAGGGGAAUGCGGCGAGUGCCGUCACUGUCAUUCAGAAGAGAGCAACAUGUGUGACCUCCUCAGGAUCAACACUGAAAGGGGUGUAAUGAUUUCUGAUGGCAAGUCCAGGUUUUCUAUUGACGGCAAGCCCAUACACCACUUUCUUGGUACCUCUACAUUUAGCGAAUACACUGUUGUCCAUGCCGGCUGUGUUGCUAAGAUCAAUCCUGCUGCUCCCCUUGACAAAGUUUGCAUUGUUAGUUGCGGGUUAUCCACAGGUUUUGGUGCCACUGUGAAUGUUGCCAAACCCAAAAAGGGUGACACAGUUGCAAUCUUUGGCUUGGGUGCUGUUGGCCUUGCUGCUGCUGAAGGGGCAAGGGUUUCCGGGGCAUCUAGGAUCAUUGGUGUUGAUUUGAACCCCAACAGAUUUGAGGAAGCCAAGAAAUUUGGUGUAACAGAGUUCGUGAAUCCUAAAGACUACAACAAACCUGUUCAAGAGGUGAUUGCUGAGAUGACCGAUGGAGGUGUGGAUCGGAGUAUCGAGUGCACUGGGAGCAUCCAGGCCAUGAUAUCCGCAUUUGAAUGCGUUCAUGAUGGUUGGGGUGUUGCUGUACUUGUUGGCGUGCCAAACAGAGACGAUGCGUUCAAAACUCAUCCAGUGAACUUCCUGAACGAGAGGACUCUCAAGGGUACUUUCUUCGGCAACUACAAACCCCGGACUGAUAUUCCUGGGGUUGUUGAAAAAUACAUGAACAAGGAGCUAGAAUUGGAAAAGUUCAUCACCCACAAUAUCGCUUUCUCGGAGAUCAACAAAGCAUUUGAUUACAUGCUGAAAGGCGAGAGCCUGAGGUGCAUCAUCCACAUGGAAGAGUAGAGAACUGCUACCUAAGUUGGGGAAGCGAGAAUAGAGCAUUUUGUUUAAAGUUGUAUGGCAUAUGUUAAGAAACUUUGUAGGUCUUCUCCACAGUGAGCUGCAAGAACUUUGAUUUUCUACUGAAUUCUUUUUCACUUGGUUUUCCCGUGCAUGGUGGUGAAUGCUUUGGCUCAUGAUGCUACCCUAAUGUAAGAUGAAGAUUGACAAUCCGAAGGGCAAUGCCUUGUGUAAUUAGCCAAUCGAGCAUAUUCACUUAAUAAUCUAUGUAUGCAGACAAAGAAUAUGUUUCUUGUUUUUGAUUUCAAACUUUUGUUAUAUGCAAA